CGCCUCGGCCGAUCUGACGAAUGUUACCGAAAUAAAAUCGCCUCAGCCAAUCGAAAAAUCAAACUUAUGUCUUGAUUUGAAGAUGGCUUCAAAAUGUUAAACUGUUCUAAAGUUUCUGAAGGCCAACCUGUGACCUCAGUGGGUGAUAAGCUAAUUCAUGAAGCAGAGAAUAUUUUCAAGGAAAAGGGGCACUUGACAGAUGAAAUCCUAUCUGCUCUUCGGUUUGUAUAUCAGACUCCGCUAUUACCAGCACUGGAUUUGACUGACAACAAGGCUGUAACCAUGGUUAUCUCACCCAGUGGUCGCAAGUUAUAUCAGGUAAUGGGCAGUUCUGGUAAACCAUAUACCUGUUUUCUCAACUCCAGAUACUGCUCCUGUCCUGCAUACAGAUAUUCUGUCCUGCUGAAAGAAGAUCACAUUUUGGUAAAUAAUGGAUCACCUACGUGUAUACAUAUUAUAUACCUGUGUAAGCAUGUGCUGGCGUUACGACUAUCAGAUGCAAUGGGACUAACCAGGACCACUAAUAUCAGUGAUAAGGAGCUGACCAACAUGAUAGUUCAGAUGGACUGAAUUGACACAGAUAGCUUACAGGAUAUCAUCAGCUCAGUUCUGCUUGCAUAUGUUAUGAAAUGACAUUGAUCUACAUACACUUACAUGUAGGUCAUGUGCAGUUAGUCUGUCUAUACAAGUAAAAUACAUCAAGUGAACUAAUGGUGAUAAACCAGUAAGAAAUCUCAAUACUUUUGUUAAAUGUUGAUAAUUGAUACACAGUGGACAUGUCAUUGAUCUCAAGGCCGAUAGGUACGGGUUUAUAUCCCAUUCAAAACAGUGGGAUGCUGUUAAGGAACGAGUAAAUAUACCACUAGGCUAAAUGGAGAGGAGUAUGUAGUUGUACCAAAUGCUUGAGUGCAGUAAUAGAUCUUUACCCUGAAUGUAAGUGGGAUGUUGUUAAGGAAAGUACUAGUUCAACCGAGAGUGAAUACACCACUACGUUCAAUUGGAGAGGAGUAUUUAGUUUUACCAAAUGUGUGGGUGCAGUAAUGGAUCUUUACGCUGAAUUUAUUACCACAGGGGAAGAUUGCUAACUGGCAGCAUAGCAGACCUCACCAUUUAAGGGGAGCUAUCUAGUAUCACUGUGGUUUCCAGUUUCCUUCAGAGCGAUUCAAGGAUAAAAUUAAUUUGUAGUUGCACUUUACAUUUUUUUUUUUUUUUUUAAAUAGUACUAACAAGGAUUAAAUAUUAAUGCUCAGUCUUAUCUUAAAUAGAUUCCCAUAAUCUAAGUUAUGGGAGCAAUUAAUAACUUCCCUCAAUUUUUUUUAUGGCGAGGUUUGUGGCAGGCAUUGCAGGUUCCACAUAUCCUGGUUUGUAAUGAGUAACCUUGCCAACUUUAGUCACUGGAUUUAAAGCUGGCAGAUACUAGGUUCACGUCUCACUGGACUCCACUGAGAGAGUUUGAAUGGCUCAAUGGGAAGGUCGAAGGCCACUAUAUCAAGUUAUCUCUCACAAACAAUUAACCCAUCGUCAUGGACAACCAGUAAAGUAUGUGUUGUGUACAGUAUUGUAAAUCGGAUGGUCGGGGUGACAAAUCAAGUUAAAAUAACUUCACCAUUGUCAUCUGAUCACUAUUAUUGUAGAUCAAUGUUGGUUAUGUGCUAAUAAAUAUUUUUCAGAUUUGUAUGUGGAAGGUCUUUGUGUACAUAGUGGUUAUUGGUAGAACUGGUGAUUACAACAAAGUACAUGUUCAUGUUUUGAGUAGCAAUAUUGUGUGUAAUGUGCGAGAGGAUAAUCCGAGAUGGUAUGAUAAAAAAUAUCACAGCGGCCAGUGUCAUAAUAAAGUAAUGAACCGUU